AUGUCGGCAGACGAUUCCUUCGGGUUUCCAGGACGUGAUGAUGCUUUAAUAGAUGAUCCGAAUGGAUUGGACGUCUGGCUUCCUGCAUUCCCAGGACAAGACAUUUCCUACGGGGCAGAGGUUAUGCUUGAUAUGGCGGAUGUUGUUACUCCAGAGACACGAUCUGCACUUAUGGGAUCAAAUUUGGACCCGCAUAUGCAACUGAAUGCACCGAUACCCGAGUAUCCGCAUUUCGGCUACGAUUCUUUCCCCAGUACCGCUUUAUCUCAAUUGCCUCCAGAUGAAGGACUGUGA